AUGCUGUCAUAUUCAGUGGCGCUCCUCUUCCUCUUCCUCCUCUUGUUGGAAGUGACGACCUCUGGCGUCGCAGCUCAGGACCUCAGUUCUACAACAUGCAUGGGCGUAUGUCAGUCACUCGUGGUAAAUUCAUCUGCAUGGGAAGCCACUCAGCAUGGAAGCAACGACUACGCGUUCUACGACGUGCCAUCGAACUUUUCGAAAGACCUUGCGCCAGGAAAGCUGCUACGGGUGGAAUAUUUCACAAACCUCACUACCUAUACCGUACCCAGUGGCCUUUCCAUGUCACGCAUCAUGUAUACUACAAGCGACUUGAACGGCACGACCUUGCCUGCUUCCGCAUACGUCCUCUGGCCGUAUGCACCACUUUCAGCCCCUAAGCUCAAGGGCAACCAGUUCCCAAUGGUGGCCUGGGCUCACGGUACAUCUGGAUUCGUCAAAGCAUGUGCACCUAGCAGCUACCGAUACUUGCAGGAUCAUUUCAUGGUGCCCUUUCGCCUCGCUCUUGAGGGUGUGGCCGUGGUGGCACCAGACUAUGCUGGGCUUGGAGUCAGUUCCUUGCCAUCUGGGGAGCACAUCGGACACCCAUAUCUCCUUGGACCAGCAGUUGCUGCGGACCUCGCCAACGCAGUCAUUGCUGCUCGAGCGGCCUUUCCCUCCCAGCUACUGCCAGAUGGUCCCUUCGUUGGCAUGGGCCAUUCCCAAGGAGGAGCGGCCAUUUGGGCAUUCGCAGAGCGACUAGUCGACAAGCCUCUGGCUGGAUAUAAAGGGACAGUUAUUAUGGCGCCCGCCGUCGGCUACUUCCGCCUUCUGGCUAAGCAGCUAACAGACCUGACAAACAUCUUCAAUCCUAACCUCCUGGGUCUGCAAGCAGCUGUCAUUGCAGGAGUCACUGCGGCAUUCCCGGCAUACAACGACUCUGGUCUCACAGCCCUGGGGUACGACCGAUUCCGCAAUGUUGUCGAGGCUUUGAACGGCUGUAUUCCUACUUACACUCUCGCCACGAGCACAGAAGAUGUGCUAUUCAACACAACAAAGCCUGAUUGGCUAUCUCAUCCGACUGUGCAAAGAUACGCCAAUCUUUCAGAGACCGGGCGCAAGAAACUCAAAGGCCCAGUGCUUCUGCUGGCUGGAGGGCUGGAUUCCCCCAUCGACCUUCCGAAUUUUCAGUCUACGUUCAACGAUACCUGCGCCAUGAACAAGCAAGAAAAGUGGGGUGAAUCACUAGAGAUGAUAACUUACCAAGGCAUGAACCACUUUCCUAUGAUCCAAGCAAGUUCAUCGAAGUGGUUGUCGUGGAUCAAGGAGCGCUUAUCCGGGAAGACGGUCGCUGGAGCAGGCUGUGUGCACAGUGUUGUCGAGGGUUAUAGGAUCGAAUUUACCGUUCAAGGCAUUGCUCCUAACUUCCUGGUGGGAAAUGUACCUAUCGCAGAAGCAUGGAAGGCGUCUUUCUAG